UUUCGGCUUUCUGUAGUUUAUCAUAUCAAAACACAUGAACUGAGAGCCGCGCUCUCCGCAAGCAAGCUUCAGCACGAAUACUUUCUCCUUACGGUUUAAUUUCAGCUUUUUCCAACUUCGGAAGUAGGGAAAAAUACAUUUUAUUCUAUACGAAGAAUGGGGUGUGCAAUAUCUGGCUUGGCUGAAAAGGCGGACUUGGGCGAGAAGAGCACUCAUGAUGCUGGAGGAAGAGGAGAACAUCUCAGGCAAGAUCAGAUUGACAUGAUCAAGGAGUCGUGGAAAGUUAUCAGGGACGAUAUCGCAAAAGUUGGCAUCAUAGUGUUCGUCAGGCUCUUCGAGACCCAUCCCGAAUGCAAAGACGUUUUCUUCCUGUUUCGGGAUGUCAAGGACCUGGAGAGGCUUCGGACCAGCAGAGAACUCCGAGCGCACGGGCUACGAGUAAUGUCUUUUAUUGAGAAAAGCGUGGCCAGGUUGGACCAACUGGACCGACUGGAGCUACUAGCCAUGGAGCUGGGAAAGAGCCAUUACCACUACAAUGCCCCUCCCAAAUACUACAGUUAUGUUGGAGCGGAAUUCAUCAGUGCUGUGCAGCCCAUCUUGAAGGACAGAUGGACUGCCGAGCUGGAGGAGGCAUGGAAGACCAUGUUCCAGUACGUGACCUGCCUGAUGAAGCAGGGCUACGAGGAGGAGGACAAGCAGAACCAGGUGGCAGUUUCCACAAAGGAGAGAGUGGAAAAGACGAAUACGGCACUCUGAGACGCUCAUUUAAAGCCUUGCAGUACAUGUUUGCUCUUCAUUAGCAGAACAAACACAAAUUCUGCAGUGACUUUUUCCAACACGGCACUUUAUUAGUGAACUUAAAUUCUGCUGUGGGCCCGACGAGGCACGCUGCCUAGGGCGCUCUGGAUUUCCUGUCCAGAAGAUUUCAGUACAUCUCAUACUUGCAAUUUAGCUCGAUUCCAAAAUUGGAUUCACAUUUUCAAUGAACUUAUAUUUUUCUUUCUUCUUUUUUUUAACAAAGAAAGCAGGCCAGGUGUGGCAGCUUCAGGUUUCUACAUGGAGACUAUAACCAUUGUAUUUAUUACAUAAUCAAAAUAAAAUGACUUGA